AUGAGGAGUUGUGAGACUAUGGGAGAUAAGAACUAUUUUGCUGAAACAGAGGAUGAGAAAGUAACCAACAUGGCAGAUGUUGAAAGAAUAGCAGACCAACUCUCACUGCUCAGGUUACAGACACUGAAUGAAGCGAUGGCUGAGGGAGAAGGCAGUAAUGCUAAGGAGGCAUUCCUCCAAGUGGUACAAGAAUUGAACAAAGAAAUAGAAGAGGAAAAACAGAGACACCUGGAAGCACUACAGAAGCAGAAAGGGGGAGAUAACUCACAAAGUUCAAAGAAGACCUGGUUGGAAACAGAAAUUCAAUGUUUGAUUAAAGCAGUUAAUCUGUUCCCAGCCGGCACUAAGGAGAGGUGGGAAGUGAUUGCCAGUUUCAUCCAACAGCAUGUCCCAAACAGCAACAAGAAUGCGAAAGAUGUUCUUAGCAAGACAAAGGAACUGCAGAAAGAUGACUUUUUCCUGAAGCAAAAUGCAGACAAGAAAGCGUUUGAGAAUUUUGAGAAAAAGUUAAAAACUGCACAUGUACAAGCCAAACCUAACGAGGGCGUAGUCAGCGAAAGGUUUGAGAGUGUUGGAGAGCAGCAAGUGAGAGAGGCGGGGACAAACCCUGCCCCGUGGUCCCCCGAGGAGCAGAAACUCCUGGAGCAGGCCCUGAAGACGUACCCCGCCAGCACCGCGGACCGGUGGGACAGAAUCAGUGAUUGUAUCUCCAGCCGAAGUAAAAAGGACUGCAUGAAACGUUACAAGGAACUGGUGGAAAUGGUGAAAGCAAAGAAAGCAGCGCAAGAUGCCGCCGCGAAGAAAAAAUAACACGAAUGGAGCCUAGGGGCUGAGGAGAUGUAAGCGUAGAGCUGUGGAAGGUUCCACUAUCGAUUACGGACUGCGAGGACUUGAUUUGGUUUGGUGCUCAGUUGAGUUGAGGAAAAUAACAUUGCAGAUAUCCACAUGUAAAUAACAUCCACUCGCUCAAACAUAAAGGAUCUGAUUAGGGAUUUGAUUCUAGAGAGGACUAGGGAUAUCAGGCAGUGCUGUUUUGGGGGGCUAUGGCCUCUGAUACUUGCUAUGGAUAGUAGAGAUAUGACAGACACGUGAAGGAAUCAUAGUUGCGGUGUUUCUCGCUUCUCGUUACCACAUUCGCAGUCUGUGAUACCAGUUGUUUUAUGAACAUCAUUGCUGUUAAACAGUAUUUACAUUUGCCCAA